AUGCCAGUAUUCUGCAUAAUCCCGAAUGUUAUUCGUCUAAAAACCCCGGGCCUUGUGGUACUACCAUUCAUUUUGAUCUCUCUUUUUUCGCCAUCCUCAGUUUGUCUGAUGCUGUUGGGCGCAGCUUCAUCGACUACCACCAUUACUGUUCCGGUUUUCAUCGUCUUCAUAUUUCUGGCCAUUCUGUUUGCAGUAAAUCGGAAUCACGAGGAUGAACUGAAUUCCGUCAGGGAGCGAUACGAAAAGCAGGUUGGUCGAUUAUUGUUUUUCUUUAUCGUCUUCUAA